CUGACUGUUGGGGGAAAAAAAAACUGGUAUAAUCUUUGCUUCUUCCAAUGGGUCCUGGGAUAGUGAUACUUUUCUCUCUUUUUGGAGUUCUCAGCGCAAAUGUUGGAAAACAGAUCUCAAUAGAACAGUGCUGUAAGGAUGGCCAGGAUCGAGGAACUGACAACCAGGACUGCACAUCCAUCCCUCUCAUCUCUGAGUCGACCACAUGCAGGAUCGUACAGGAGCAGUGCUGUGUGGCGGUAUUGGAGGACACUGUCUGCACCAGCGGCAUCAACAUGGCCAAAGGCCAAGGGGGCUGUGACACCCUGUUCACUGGAAGCACCUGUGAGAUAAAGACUACCAAGAUGUGCUGUGACUGUUGUCUGCUGGGUCGGGCUGCUCAGGAGCAGGGUUUGCCCUGUGACCAUAGCCUGUCUCUGGGCUACCAGUGUGGCCUGGUCUCCCGCGCCUGCUGCCACGACCGAGCGCCGGAUGUGGAGACCAAACCUCUCCUGGUUUCUGAGAAACUCAGCGAGACCGCCACUGACAAGGAUCCUGCCGUACUGAGCAACCUAUGCAGCAACGGAUUGGCCAAGUGUGGACAGGAGUGUGUGGGCAACGGCACCUGCGCCUGUUUCCAAGGUUACAAACUGAAACCAGACGGGAAGAACUGUGACGAUAUAAACGAGUGCCUGCUUGGGGCCAGUAACUGCCGAGUGGGCGAGCGCUGCAUCAACACAUUGGGCUCGUACCGUUGCCAGAGAGAGGUCAGCUGUGGCACCGGCUACGAGCUCACCGACAGCAACAACUGUAAAGACAUUGAUGAGUGCGAGUUGGGGACCCACAACUGCGCCCCGGACUUUGAGUGUCAGAACACUCAGGGGUCGUUUCGCUGUCGGCCCAAGAACCAGUGUGGCGAUGGAUACAUCCAGGAUGCCCUGGGCAACUGCAUCGACAUCAACGAGUGCCUGUCCCAGACGGGGCCAUGCCACCCUGGACAACAGUGUAUAAACACCCUGGGCUCCUUCACCUGUCUGAGAAACUCCAUCAACUGUGGCCGAGGAUACCAUGUCAACAGUGAGGGCAACCGCUGUGUUGAUAUUGACGAGUGCAAGGGUCCCGAUGGAGCGUGCGCUGGCCACACCUGCGUCAACCUGGUGGGAUCGUUCCGUUGUGAGUGUAAGGCCGGAUUCAUCUUCAACAGCGUCAGCCGCGUCUGCGACGAUAUCAACGAAUGCAGGCACUACCCGGGACGCCUCUGUGCCCACAAGUGUGAGAAUGCCAUGGGGUCCUACAAGUGCAGCUGCACCCAAGGCUUUAAGCUGGCCAGCGACGGAAGAAACUGUGAUGAUCUUAAUGAAUGCGAGAGCAACCCCUGCAGUCAAGAGUGUGCCAACGUCUACGGCUCCUACCAGUGCUACUGUCGCCGCGGCUACCAGCUCAGUGACGUGGACGGCAUCAACUGUGAAGACAUUGACGAAUGUGCCCUGCCCACCGGGGGACACAUAUGUGCCUACCGCUGCCACAACACCCCUGGGAGCUUCCACUGCACCUGCCCCGCAACCGGCUACGCUCUGGCCCCCAAUGGACGGAGCUGCCAGGAUAUUGAUGAGUGCGUAACAGGGACUCACACGUGCUCUGAGACGGAGAGCUGCUUCAAUGUCCAGGGUGGAUUCAGAUGCCUGUCCUUCGAGUGUCCGCCAAACUACCGCCGAGCAGAAGAGACCAGGGCGAGGAUCGAGCGCUCGGACACCAUCCGUUGUGUGAAAUCAUGCCAGCCCAACGAUAUCAGCUGUGUCUUGGACCCGGUACACUCUGUCUCCCACACUGUCAUCUCCAUGCCCACUUUCAGGGAGUUCACCAAGCCAGAAGAGAUCGUUUUCCUGAGAACCAUGUCGCCGGCGCACUCUUUCCCCCACAUCAGCUCCGACAUCGUUUUCGACAUCCUGGAGGGAAACGUCCAGAAUUCCUUUGACAUCGUGAAGCGGCAGGAGCACGGCAUGAUCGUGGGUGUGGUCCGACAGGUGAAGCCUCUGAUUGGCCCGCUAAACAUAGUGUUGAAGCUGGCUAUGAACUACGUCACCUCUGGCGUGGUGUCUCAUCGGAACCUGGUCAACGUCCACGUCUUCGUCUCUGAGUUCUGGUUCUGAGCAUGGUGCGCACACACCACCAACGCACAUAGCCACACACAGUUACUACUAUAAAUGUACCUACCUAACAUGAGGAAACAGUAGAAUGCUGACAGUGGAGGAGAAGCUGAAUGUUAUUCAGGUAUAUAGCUAUAAUGAUGUGAGUCCGCACCAUUGGCAUGUCAAAUAAUGGGAAAUCCUGAUACACACGACACCACUGUCGACACCAUUGUAACAGGCCUAAUUUCUGUUACGUUCUCAUGGCAAGACCACUAGCUGGUUAGUUACUUUAUUGUUGUAUGAAACAAAGGCACUUCCCAGUAAAUUUUUUACCCUGUAAUAGAUGACAUAAGCCAAGCAGUGAAUGGAUGCGUGCAUCUGGCCUACGGAGUUUGACAUGACGACUCUCAUAUACCGGGUUGUGUAAUGUAACCAUGCUGUCAAGCUCAAGACAAUAGAAUGUGAUUGUGAAUUGAAAGUGCAUGCGUAGACCUGAAGACGUGAAGAACCAUCGAAGGACUUAACUCUUGAAUGUAACACUAACCUAUAUGGUAAUUAUGUGUAUUAAAUGUCCUUUUCUAACUGUA